GGUAGGCGUGCUGCGAAUGUUAAGAAUGUUGACUGACAGCUUACUAGUUUUACGUAUAACUCCCUAUCAACUGCUGGAGGCAUUACUACACCAACAUUUUACUUGACUUCAACGAUAUAUGACUUCACGAGUACUAUCACGACGACUGUUAGCGGAGGCACAAUAUGGGUCACUCCUGCGCCCGUUGUUCUUACAAAAACAAGCAUAAUCAAUAGCACAACGACGAAGACUUUACCAACUAGUACCGAGGUCGUGACCGCCGUCGUAACGUCAACAAUAUUGAAGACAGCGUAUCAGAUGACAACCACAACGACUGUGAACAUUUCCGCCGUAGCAUCCUGUGGAAUCUUUGGCUCCGAGACGCCUAAAGCCUCGCCACGAGCAAUUAUGGAAAGCCUGCCCUGGGCUUGCUUCGAUGACCAUCUCCUAGCCAAGACUGAUGGCAGGGUCGAACCGCCAAAUUUGCUGGACACUGUCUAUGUCUACUGUGUGACGUUCAUACACUUGGAGCCGCAGUUAUACACAACAAUCACCAGUGGCAUGGUAACAAGCACUCGUACAGGUUCCACGAGGACAGUCUACACCACCAGCAAGAUUGUUUCGACCUCUGUUGUCUCGCCAACCGUCUCCACCACAACCACGUUAACGAGUACCGUCCACGCUACCACAACAAGCCCCAUUUUCACAUACACCGAGGCCAUUAGUACGUUAACAGGCCCAUACAUGACCCCAGUGCCAUGGCCCUAUGUACAAUGCAACGGCUACUUCAUGGCAAACAUGCAGAGCAACGUCCCUAUAAGCGGUAUAGUCGGGCAGCUCUUCCAGGCCAACUGGACGAGCGACUCCCCGUAUGAUUGUUGCAUGGGAGGUAUAAGCAACAAUUACGUUGCCGGAUGGCAAUUUGAUGGGGCUCGGUCGUCUGGUGACAGGUGCUAUUACCUUCCAGCAAAUGAGAAUGGAGUUCACAGGGACUUUGCUGUGUUGUUGGGUCCGCACGGCGUUAUCGUUGGUAACGGCCUGUCUGGUGGCGCAACAUCGGGGCAGUACAGCACGGCAGGAGAGAAAGAUGAGUUGUGAUUCAAACGCGCGUAGGAUGAAGUGGCUAGACGCAAUGGCGGGACAAUCUAAGGUAGAUGUUUAGGAAUGACGAUAUGGAUAAAGUGUUUUAUAACCCUAACCGGAGACUGCGCAUGUCCAUAAGGGAGGAGUCGGGCGUCAGGCUGUCUUCAUGACUUGAGAAGAAAGAUUUGUAGGUGUGGUGGUGACUCUAGAUGCGUGACGGGCGAGGGCUGAAGAGGGG